AUGGCUACAACGGACCCAGGUCAAGACUGGGAGGCCUAUCAGAGCUCCAUCAGUCAGGUCAUCAAGCCGGCAACAGUAGCGGCACGGCAGCUCAAGGACGUAGCCUACUGCCGUACAGUCUCUGAUCGUUUUGCAAGCGACGCCCAUUCUGCCUCUCGGCAUGUCCUUGAACUCACCAACAAGCUGCUUGGCCUGGUCAGAUCAUCGCUGCACGAAGAAUCUUCAGAUGAGCUGCAGGACAUUGACGAUGUCACCGACCGCUUUGAGAGAUCAGUCGUUCAUGUCGUCGAUCAUCUCCUUGAAGCUGCUGACGCCCAGCUCGAUCUCUUGUCCGGCAGACACAAGCCCAAGCCUCUCCAAACUACAUCGCAAACCACUGAUCAGAGAUUGCCCGCCUCACUCAUGAAUGCCAAAGAUCUCGAGAAGCCUCAGAUCCACUUCUCGCGGCCUGUCAACAACGCUCGUGGCCAGUUGUUCCGCCCCUUGCUGACAAGCAAGCCUCAUGCGCUUGUCGCGUACGACCCUGCUACCUAUGACACCAGCGAGAGCAAUCCUUACAGCCACGAGAUCGAAGCCCUCCCUCUCCUCGCCUCGCCAGAUAACCUCCCAAGCGAAAUCUCAAAAAAAGCUAUAGAUUCUUUCUCCUCGACGCCCUUCACUUAUGUCGACACAGCAGAGCAACUGGAUAGAUUGCUGCAAGAGCUCAAGAGACCAGACCAUGCAGAGAUUGCCAUUGAUCUAGAACAUCACGACUUCCGCUCCUAUGUUGGAUUCGUCUGCCUCAUGCAGAUCAGCACUCGCUCCCACGACUGGAUCGUGGACACACUCGUCUCCGAGGUCAGAGACCGACUCGAAAGCCUCAACGAAGUCUUUGCAGAUCCUGCAAAAGUCAAAGUCAUGCACGGAGCGCAGUCCGAUGUAAUCUGGCUUCAACGCGAUUUUGGGCUAUACAUCGUGAAUCUCUUCGAUACCUAUCAUGCCACCGUCGUUCUCUCCUACGGCCAGCGAUCGCUGGCUUCUUUACUGACAAAAUAUACCCACUUUGUGCCGGACAAGCGGUAUCAGCUGGCAGAUUGGCGCCUGCGUCCAUUGCCUCAAGAGAUGAUUGACUACGCUCGCUCGGAUACGCACUACCUCUUGAACAUCUAUGAUCAUCUACGUAGAGCCCUCAUUGCUACCAAGCUCGACCCAACGCCGGAGCACGCACUCGACGGCAGCGAAACGUUGCUCCAGCGUGUCGAUCGCCGCUCACGUAUCGUCGCGAGCCAAGCGUAUCAUGGAUCAGACUACGAUUACGAGAGCGGACUCGGAGCAAAUGGCUGGCGAGGACUCGUCCGUGUCAUGAACAAAGGUGCAGAAUAUCGAGUCAACCUGGCUAAGGGCGAGACAAGCUCAGGCAGAGGGCCAGAGUUUGCCGCUUUCCGGGCAGCUCACAGUUGGCGCGAUCAGCUGGCCCGCGAGCUUGACGAGUCGCCUCGGUAUAUCAUGUCCCAUCACCUUGUGUGCCGGCUGGGAACCGUCAGGCCUACACGGCCUGCGGACGUGCUAGCUUGCUGCAGCGUAGCUUCACAGACGGUCCUGAGGCGUGCCUCAGAACUCGCUCAAGUCAUCAAAGCUGCCCUCGAUACGCCGCAGGCCACAGAAGUCUCCUCAAGAUCGACACUAGAGUCAAUCUCUGCGCUCGUCGCCAGUCCGAGUGAACCGCGCAUCCGCCAGGUUCUGCCAGAAGUUUGGCCUCCUAUGCCAGUGCCGAUGAACGAUGGUGCAAGCCGUUUCUAUACGACGUUGCGCACGCAGGAUUCUACACCAGCUCAGAAAGCCGUCGCGAAUAUUCAGCGCACUAUUUCGGAGCAACUCUUUGCCAUGCAUUCGACGGCGAUCCUGGUCCCUGUCAGCUCUGGGGAGUCACGGGUGGAGGAAGCCAUCGCAGCGUCUGCAGCCUCAUCGAGCGAUGACAGCGACGACGUAUUACACAUCUCCGAAACAGUCAGGCAGGAGAAGACAAACGCGUGUCAGAAGAGAGCGCGGCCAGAUGCCCCGGCCACGCCAAAGGGCGAGAUCCGACCGAAGCAAAGCAGAGCACAGUCGAAGAAGGAGCAUAUCAAAGUAGAGCCAUAUGAUUAUUCAAAGAGCAAGUCUGUCCUCGAGGGAUACAAAGAAGAGGCUUUCGAUGUGCAGGCAAUGCGCGCCGCCAAGAAGAGCAAACUCGAUCAGGCAUCAAUAGAGACGCCGGCAUUCCGUCGCCAGCCAAAGGCGCUGACGCUGGACAAACAGAGCGGCAACAAGAAUGUGACGUUUCAGAAGUAG